AAAGUGACAAUAGAAUUCAUUGAAGCGAAGAAUUUUUAAAGAAGGUAACAAAAAGAGAAAAUGCCGAAACCAAUCAAUGUAAGAGUAACUACAAUGGAUGCUGAGCUGGAAUUUGCCAUUCAGCCCAAUACAACUGGCAAACAACUUUUUGACCAGGUGGUGAAAACGGUUGGUUUGCGUGAGGUCUGGUUUUUUGGGCUGCAGUAUGUAGACAGCAAAGGUUAUUCUACAUGGCUUAAACUAAAUAAAAAGGUGACACAGCAGGAUGUUAAAAAAGAGAAUCCUUUACAGUUCAAGUUUAGAGCUAAAUUCUUUCCUGAAGAUGUUUCUGAGGAAUUAAUUCAAGAAAUAACCCAGAGACUCUUCUUCUUGCAAGUUAAAGAAGCCAUCUUAAAUGAUGAGAUAUAUUGCCCGCCAGAAACUGCAGUUCUUUUGGCUUCCUAUGCUGUCCAAGCCAAGUAUGGAGAUUAUAAUAAAGAGAUUCAUAAGCCAGGCUACCUGGCUAAUGAUAGACUCCUACCCCAGCGUGUAUUGGAACAACACAAACUAACAAAAGAACAGUGGGAAGAAAGAAUACAGAACUGGCAUGAAGAACAUAGAGGAAUGUUAAGGGAGGAUUCUAUGAUGGAAUACCUGAAGAUUGCACAAGAUCUAGAAAUGUAUGGAGUCAACUAUUUUGAAAUAAAAAAUAAAAAAGGAACUGAAUUGUGGCUAGGUGUUGAUGCUUUGGGUCUGAAUAUUUAUGAGCAUGAUGACAAGUUAACACCUAAAAUUGGUUUUCCCUGGAGUGAAAUCAGAAAUAUUUCAUUUAAUGACAAAAAAUUUGUUAUAAAGCCAAUCGACAAAAAGGCACCUGAUUUUGUUUUUUAUGCACCUCGUCUGAGAAUCAAUAAGCGGAUUUUGGCCUUAUGUAUGGGAAACCAUGAACUAUACAUGCGAAGAAGGAAGCCUGAUACUAUUGAAGUACAACAGAUGAAGGCUCAGGCUAGGGAGGAGAAACAUCAGAAGCAGUUGGAAAGGGCACAAUUAGAGAAUGAAAAGAAGAAAAGAGAAAUAGCAGAAAAGGAAAAGGAAAGAAUAGAACGUGAAAAGGAAGAGCUAAUGGAACGUCUAAAACAAAUUGAAGAGCAGACAAUUAAAGCCCAGAAAGAACUAGAAGAACAGACUCGAAAAGCUCUAGAACUGGAUCAGGAACGAAAACGAGCAAAAGAAGAAGCAGAACGGCUUGAAAAGGAGCGUCAAGCUGCUGAAGAGGCGAAGUCUGCCAUAGCAAAACAAGCUGCCGACCAGAUGAAGAAUCAGGAGCAGCUAGCAGCAGAACUUGCUGAAUUCACUGCCAAGAUUGCACUUCUAGAAGAAGCCAAGAAGAAAAAGGAAGAGGAAGCUACUGAGUGGCAACACAAAGCUUUUGCAGCCCAGGAAGACUUGGAAAAGACCAAAGAAGAGUUAAAAACUGUGAUGUCUGCCCCCCCUCCACCUCCACCACCACCAGUCAUUCCUCCAACAGAAAACGAACAUGAUGAACACGAUGAGAAUAAUGCUGAAGCUAGUGCUGAAUUAUCAAAUGAGGGGGUAAUGAACCAUAGAAGCGAGGAAGAACGUGUAACCGAAACACAGAAAAAUGAGCGUGUUAAGAAGCAACUUCAGGCAUUAAGUUCAGAAUUAGCCCAAGCCAGAGAUGAAACCAAGAAAACACAAAAUGAUGUUCUUCAUGCUGAGAAUGUUAAAGCAGGCCGUGAUAAGUACAAGACUCUGCGACAGAUUCGACAAGGCAAUACAAAGCAGCGUAUCGAUGAGUUUGAAGCAAUGUGAGAGCUGUUAUUUUGCAUAUAUGUUCUUCAUAAGCUGAACCACCAACAGAGAAAAGCAGGCCUUUUCAGAUAUGAUGGAAUGCAUCCCACCUUGCCAAAGCACUUACACCAGUUUGACUGUGCUAGCUAAAAGACAAAUUUAAGGGGAGCUCUUCAACAUUAAGGCAGUAUGAUAUCAUGCUUGGUUUUCUUUUUUUCUUUUGGUCCAGGGAAUGGAGAAUGGUGUUCCAUUGCCUCCUUUCACAUUUUUUUUCUUUUCUUUUUUUUUUCUGUUGAAGAUUAACACUAAUUAUCACGUCUGACAAAUGUGUAUGUGUGGUUUCAGUUCUGUGUACAUUUUAAAGGAUAAUGGUGAACAUUUUAAUGGGUUUCCCUUGCCCCUUCCAUAUUUAACCUGUAUGUAUUUCCACAUUCUCUCUCACUCACAUAUUCUCAGUGUGCCCUUCUCUUAUCUGCCAUGUCCAUAGCCAUAAUUCCACCAUCAUACAGAUCAGGCAGUGUUUAAAAUGAUGGUAGAUAGCACAGUGGACAGUCUUUGAUCAUCAUGUAGAAUAUGGCUAUGAAUCAUGAAAGAGAUUAGAACAUUUAAUAAUGUAUGUACAGCUGGUGGUUAGUUUUUUUUUAAUCUAAAUUUAAUUACCUUAUUGGAUAUUUGAUAUUUGGUUAUUUAAUCACAGUCAUCUUUAACAGCUUACAUUGAUUGGUGUUUUAUCUCCUGUAAUCCUUUGAUGGCUUUUUUUGCCUACCAUUUCACAGAGGUUGAGACAGCAGUAGUAGCUCCCUAGGAGAGUUUACUGAUGAAACAGCCUCUGCAAGAUUUUAAAAGUUUUGUUCUUUUAUACACUGAUUUAGAAAAACAGAUGAUUAAUAAAGAAAAUAUGCAUUUGUUGGUAACUAAUGUUAAUUACUUUUUAAAACCUGGACCUUUCUGGAAGGGCAGCAUAUAAAAACAUCAGUCCCGAAGCGGGGACAACAGUACUACCUCACUACUACACCUGUGAUGACUGGUUGUUCAAACACAGUGGAGUGUGUAAGCUAUAUGUUUUAUAAUUCAUAAUCAUAGCCUCGAUCAUCAAGAAAUUCUUUCGAUAUUUCAUUUUCCUUCAGAAUAUCUUAAGAGUGCUAAAUUUUUAACUGCCUUUUUGUCGAGUCAAACUGUGGGAUUCUGAUUUGUAUUAAAAUUGUAAGCUCCUCACUGGUAUACUAUCAUCCUGGAGGGGUGUUGUAUGGCUGAGCAAGAGAGAGAAUGAGCGAGAGACUGUGUGUGUGUGUGUGUGUGUGUGUGUGUGUGUGUGUGUGUGUGUGUACUCUGUGUGUAUGAGAGAGAGAGAGAAAUGCUAACCUUGUAGCAUAUGAAGAAUGUCUGUACCUUGAUACGAUAGUUACAUAAUCAGUAUAUUCGGUUUCUAGAUCACUGUGCUUAUUGUUUUUCAAUCUCUGACUAAAAAUACUUAAAUUUGGUUUGUUAAUGCUUAUUUUAGAAAUUAUAAUUUUAGUUUAUAUUAAUUUCGGUUAUAGCUUACUGAAGAAAUCUUUCCAGUUAGAAGGAGGUUCUAAUAUUCACAUGUUCUAAUACUUUGUUUAUUGUAAAACAGCUAAAUUUGGAGAUACGUAAAGCCUUGUUUUCUCUGUGUGGUUCAGCUACUUUCCAUUUAGUAUUACACAGUCAAAUUUACAUUUAUCUAUUAAAAUUGCCAUUUUAUUAAACAUUUUCACGCACAGUAGAUUCAAGUUGUGUCUGAAAAUAUCUCUUGUGCUUUUUUGAUUUUGCUGACUUUAAAAGGAUUAAUCUGGGCAGACAUUAUGAAAAGGAAAGGUUGCGUUUAAUAUAUUUUUUGAACUUUGUAGGACAAAACAUAGCUGGUUAACCUUGAAGUGACUGUUGUACCAUGGUUGUGCACAUGCUUCAGAAUCCUAUGGAAGAGAAUGUUCCUACUUGGCAGUACAUCAAAGGAAUGGAUGGUGGACCCUACUAUUCAUGCUUUGAAACAUAAAUGUUCACUUUAAAGCAAUUGCCAUAAGAGAUAAAAACCUGAACUUUCAUUGGAUUUUUGUUAAUUUUCCUCAUUUUGAAUUAUGUGCACUACCAUAGCUACUUCAGUUUGAUACAGUAUUGAAAAAUUAUCAGUUAUAUUUUGCUGUUUAUGAUCUAUUUGUAGAUUAGGAUUAAAAUGGAUUUAAUCCAUUUUUAAGGCUGUGUGAAUUUUUCUAAACAAGAACCAUUUGCAAUAUGGAUUUCUUAGAGAUUAAACCAAUUAUAACUUAUUAGCAGUCUCAAGCACAUGUUCAUAUAGUCAAUGUAAAAAUACACUAAUGUGUAUUUGGUAAAUCCCAGUAGGCUUUUACCAUUAGCAUAAUUUUGUGUUGUACAAUUAAGUUACAAUUACAUCUCUAAUUUUGGAUAAUAUUCAUUGGUUAACAAUAAAGUGAUAAAAGCUCA